UAUAUCUCUUGGAUAUUCUUUUAAUCUUUCAUUUUAUGGAUUCUUAGUUUUCAAAGCUAGCCAUUCUUUUAGUGAAUGCCUCCAACAAGGAAUAGAUGUUUUCCUGCAACGUAAGUUCUCUUUGUUUUGAACGUAAUAUGCCAUAUUCUAAUGUUUCAUACAAGCCUGCCUACCGUAUACCAAACCUAUCCUGUGAUAUGACAUUAAGUGCAGUAUAUGAAAUACUGUGUGCUAUAUAACAAUUGCUCAACUAGAUCAUUUAUAUAUCAUCCAAAGCUAAAUCUUGUGUAUCAACUAGCGGUUAAUCAAUUGUAUCAAACAGCACUAAAUUCUUUGCAUUGAACAAUAUAUCCUUUAUAUCAACUAACACUAAAUCCCUAGUAUCAAUCAGCUCUAAACUCAUUGUAUCAAUUGGAAUAUUUUUGAUUUUUCAAGCUUGAUCAAAAUGAAACCAUCUCCUAUUUCAAGAAGCUCCAUGACGAUUAACAGUAUAUGGAAAGUGCGAGGGAGGCGUCCAACAAUUCGUCGAACUUGCAAAGUUUUCAUUCCGCGAGAUCUUCGAGAGUUGGAUACAUUACGGCUUCCAGCCACAUAUGAGGAAGAUCAUAUAAUUGUGCAAAAACUGAAAGCUUUCACCAAGCAUAAGCUUCAUCACUUAAUACUAGUUAUAGUCAUAGCACUUUAUUUGUACGCCGGAGCAGUAUUGUUUCAGUACUUGGAUUCUCAGUGUUCCGAAGUGAAUUUAAUGAACAUGACUGAAUUUCGAGAAGACAUGAUAGAGAAACUUUAUAAUGAUUCAAUGAAAGUUAUUCAUGAUUUAGAAAAAUGGAAUGUAAGCAUGAAAAGUUCUCUUAAAUAUUAUGAAAAUAAACUAUAUGAGUACUGGGAAGCAGGUUAUGGUGACAAUAUGAUCAGAAGAGAAAGAGAAGGUUUGAGUAUCGAGGCUGCAAUAUUUUACUGCUUCACAAUAAUAACGACAAUAGGUUACGGAAAUAUUGUACCAUGCACUACUAUGUCAAGAGCAAUCACAACCGUUUACGCAAUAAUAGGUGUUCCUCUGAUGAUUUUGGUAUUAGCAGACCUAGGAAAACUCUUCACGAAAGUUAUGAAAUUCAUCAUCUGUACUGCAAAAAGAUUUUAUAAAACUGGAACAUUUAAAUUGCUAAAAAGCUCCGUAAUUACAGAAAACAAACCUUUACAAUACAUGACCGUAUCCUGGAGAACUGUUCAUCCAGAGAAAACAACAGAAAAGAAUGAUAUGAGCACAUGGGAAUACAAUUAUUCAAAUGACCAAAGCAACCAAGUGACAACUCUAACUAUUCAUAAUGAUGAUUUAUAUAAAAAUUUAGACUUCUUAAAUCCAGAUGAAAAAAAUCAUAAACAUGUUGAAGUAAAAGACGAUUUUUAUAUUCCAGUAAGCUUAGCCAUUUCCCUUGUAAUAGUGUAUAUGAUAGUAGGUGCAUUUCUUUUCUCACAAUGGGAAAAAUGGACAUUCUUUGAAGCUUUUUACUUUGUUUUUAUAUCAAUGACUACCAUCGGAUUUGGUGAUUAUGUUCCAAAACAGAAUGAUCAUCUGAUUGAAGCAUUCAGUUAUCUUAUACUUGGCUUAACACUCACAUCAAUGAGUAUUAAUGUUAUCCAAGAAAAAUUAACAGUGACAUUUCAAAAAGCUAGGGUACGAAUAGGAAAUAAUGCAGUUCUCAAUGUUGGCUCUUUAUUAGAAGAUGAAGACCACAGGUCAAGAGCUGGACAAAGAAACUCUUUAAACCUGGAAGACUGUGGGAACAUUACUGGAUGUAAAAUGACAUUUAGAAACAGUUUAACUGUAAAUUCCAUUUCACAACUACAAGUAAAACCAUUUGUAAAAAUUUCACCUCACAUCUCAGAAGAUGGAACUAAAACAGAAUUUUUGUUGAAAGUACCAUCUCAGCAUAGAUUUACAUUUUAUGAUUCCCCUUACAACACCAUUCAAGAUGACGAUAACACAAGAAUUGCUCGUAAUGAAGAAUAAAAAUAGAAUAGAAUAAUUUGAGAGAAAUAAAAUUUUGUAGUUAGAAAAAAAUGGCACAAAAAUGUGUCAAUAAUGGGACAUUUUAUUGCUGUGUUUGUUUAAUUGAUUGAAAAUUGUAUGUUUAUUUCUUUCUGUAGCUUUCAACAUUGAAAAGUUGGGAAAGAGCUAAACUGUCCUCAUUUAGAUUUUUUGACUUGUGUAAAAUGUUCAGAUCUUAAUAAAUUAUAUGAAUUUUCAUGAUUUAUUAUUAGAUUUAUAGACAAAUGAAUACAAAGCAAUAUAUAGAGGAAAAUUAUUCAAAUUUAUCAAGAUUUUCGGAAUUUAUAGAAAUUUGAGAAUUAAUGAUUUUUUACUUAAAAAGUUAGUCUUUGUAGCUAAAAGCAACUUUUUUUUUCAAUUAAAAAAACAGUAAUUGCAAAGUGACCUUUUAAAAAAAAAUUCAUGUACGAUUAAAUCAUUGAAGGUAGAUAAAAUUUGUUUCUUACACAAAUUUUAUCAAAAGGCAUUUUUAAAACAAAUACCUGAAUAUUUCGAUUGAUCAUAAGAGGUAUCAAAUGUUUUAGUUUUUAAAUUCAUUAGGAAAAUUAUUUAUUUCCAAAACUAAUAAGAUGAAAUUGUUUACUACAGAACAAAACCUUUCUUCUCAUAUAGAUAUUUUUGUUUUACUUCUGAUAUGAAGUCUGAAAAAAAUUUAGUACAUAAAAUGCAAUAAAGAUAUUAUAAAAAAAAUAAUGGUUUUGGAUCAAUUAUUUAACCCUCUUAAAGCUAUCGAAACUUACAUUCAACAAAAGGGAUAUGAAAGAAUCUAAAGCAUUCAAAUUAAAGAGUCGUCUGCUGGUUAAAAAGCAUUAAAACAUGAAAGGAUAGUAAAAAGUAAUCAUUGGUCUACAAGACCAACAAUUCAUCCUUAUUGUAGUCAAAAUAUAGAGUUUUUGAGCAAUAACCUCUUCAAUAAGCAAACUGGUAAAAUAAACUAUUUUAAUUAAAGGAAAUAGUAUAAGAUGAAUAAUGAAAUAAAAUGAAAUAAAUGAAAUAAAAGUUAACUCAGUUUUUAAAAAUAAAAUAAAAAAGAUUUUUAACGUUCCGACGAUCGACAACACCAAAUGGGCCAAUUAACGAGCAUUAUGACCAAAUUCCUAUGUGUUAUUUACAAUUGGGGUUUUACUUUUACUUGUUGAAGUGAAUAUGCGGACUGCCACGAGAGAGCAUGAUUAUUAAAUGUUGCAUCAUAUUGUAUCCUUUUACAUCAUGGUUUAGAAUUAGUAUAUACUUUUGAAACAGAUCUAAUAAUAAUAGUUUACUUUCGUUAAAGGUAUGCUGGUAUCAACAUUAUGUAACUUAUGUGAGAGUUAAACAGAUCUGCCAUCUGUACUUUAAUGCUUAUGCAGUCAAUGCAAUACUUAUGCUUCUGCCUGUGGAUUAUUGUUACUACUAUCGCAAUGCAGUCAACUUUUGUUUCUUGUCAUCCAUCAUCAUAUUUAUUUUAAGAGUUAUCUAUUUUGAUCAUUGUCAUGUACUUAUGCAUUAUGUGGAGUGAAUAAUUAAAAGCUUCUUUGAAUCA